AAAAAAGAUAUUAAAACGAUGUAUUUCAAUCACAAAACAUCCUUAUAUGUCUAGUGAAUUACAAAAAUCACUAGAUAAUCAAAUUAAUAUAGAUUUUACUUAUUUUGAACUUACCAUAAAACGAUUAUUACUGCUAUGGAAAACAAACAAAUUAGAAUCAUUAAAUUAUUCUAACGAAAAAAUAGAUAUAGAAAAAAAAAUAUUGACUACAAAAACCAAUAUACACCAACUUUAUGAUAAGCUUCAUGAAAUUCAAAAAAUCAAAUCAAACAAGAUAGAAUACAACAAUUUGACAAAUGAAAUCCAAACAGAUCAUCCUAAAGAUCGGAAAACAUUACAAGAUCUUAUUAAUAAAUUGCACGCUGAAAUUCAUGACUUAAAAUUAGAAAAAAAAUUAUAUAUAAAUACAUGGCAUUCUAGAAAAUCACAAUUUGCAGAAACAAUUAAUAGUCUACAAGCUAUAUCUGAUCAGAUUCAAAUUGAAAAAGAACAAGAAAAAUCAAAAAAUCUAUCAGAAAUCGAAACUCAUGAGCAAAACACUUAGAAAUUUAAUGAUUAUAAUAAAUGUUAUAUAUUACAAAAAUAUAU